AUGGUAACGCGGAAGACAGUUGACAGCAAAGUUAUCCUACGGAAGCGACUGGACACUUUGGAAAUGUGCCGUAUAUUCAAUGCUGAGAAUGAACGCUUGAAAAGUAGCCGUCAAACAGAAUUGAAACCUCUACAUUACAUGAAUAACAAACGUAGGAGGGUGAAGCGAAGCUUGGAUGAAGACGCUCAGAGAGUGGAGCAAAUUGUCGACAAACUUUACGAUGAUAUGUCUGAGAGGGGCCAAAAAGUGAAGUACCGACGCAGGAUAUUCACCGGACCAACCGCGACAAAAACAAAAGAGUCUGGGAGAAGGUACAACUUCGCUCCAGCAAUGUUGCUGCCGCCUGGGAAAGAUUCUAAAAACUUAGUUAACAAGCCGCCGAAACCUGUUCUUCCCGUAUUUCAAUGGUCCAAAAGAUGGGUGCAAGGAAUUAUACCAUACUUCGUUGAUCCUAAGACAUACGACGACCAGCUGGUCGAUAUAAUAAUGUCGGCGUUCGACUACUUCGAGAAGACGACGUGCAUCCGGCUACAGCGUCUUCGAGAGAAGCCCGUGGACAAGUUGUCCCUGCAAGAAGUGGAGUGGAUCUACAUCAGUAACCCGACCGGCAUCAGGCAGUGUGUGCACAGUAACGAAAAGUUUCCCAACAAAGGAGUACAGUUGGUAAUAUUAGGCUACGACUGCAUGUCCCAGGGUGAGAUUAUCCACGAAGUUAUGCACAUCCUUGGUUUCGGGCAUGAGCAGAACCGAUUUGACAGAGACCAGUACGUCAAUAUCCACUGGCAUAAUAUUAAACCAGGGUACAGAAAGUACUUCGAUGUCAGAGAACGACACGACAUCCACACGUUUCCAUACGACUAUGAGAGUAUCAUGCAUUACCCGCCGCGUGCGUUCUCCAAAAACGGGAAACCAACCAUGACUGCCAUGAAUGGUGUAAAGUUUGGUCAACGUACAGAAUUAAGUACAUUAGACGUUGAUAAAGUGCAAUUCAUAUUUGGCAACGAGUGUGUGGAUCGGGACAAAAAAUAUCUGUUGUCGACUUGUCCGAUGGUUACCAAGACGCCAACGCCACUUAAAGAAGUCUCUCAAGAUGAAAUCAAAGAGUAUUUCAAAGAUAGAACCUGGCCUUUUGGUAUAGUAGACUACACAAUUAGGGAUCCGCUGGAAUUUUCUACUGAUGAAAUAGAAAACAUCAUGGCGGUCAUCAAACACAUUGAGAAGGAGACAUGCAUUAGGUUUCAAGACAACUCGGAUAAGGCGGGUGGAAAAGCAACAAAUACAUCAGAAACAAUAGCGGCGACAGAAAUGACAACAGAUUUUGAAGUAACAGCAAUAGCAGACGUAUCAGCAACGGUAGAUGAAACAGCAAUACCAGAUGUAACAGCAAUAUCUGAUGAAACAGGAAUACCCGAUGAAACAGCAAUACCAGAUGAAACAGCAAUACCAGAAGAAACAGAAAUACCAGAAGAAACAAACUUAAUUGAAGAAACGAGCACAGCAACAGAAGUAACAGCGGAACAACGUAAAUCCGGUGGGCGCCUGAAAAUGAAUGAGAUAAAAUCUGCAUCAAAAAAGCAUUCGAAAAACGGAGAAAAAUUCGCCAAUGCGAGAUCUUCGAAGUCAGUAAUGAAACAGCCACUUAAGGCAAAGAAAAGCAAAACAAAGGGCCGAAGUCAGAAACCAAAUACCCGAAGACACGCAUUUAAGACAGUCAUUCUGACACGAGGAACAAAGUCAGGAUGCACCUGCCCUCCACCUGGACCGCUACAAGAAGAGAUAGAACUGAAUACCGACUGUUUUAACUCUGCGAACGACCUACUUCACAUGUUCGUACAUAUCCUGGGGCUGGACCAUCAGCAUAAUAUGCAUGAUCGAGACGACUACCUGCACAUAAAUUGGGACGAACUGACACCAGAAGUAAAAAAGGACUUAGAAGUGAAGCUGCCUCCCGCGGCCUCCCUGGGCUUCCCGUACGACUAUAAGAGCGUGAUGCAUUACCCAUGGCUGCAAAUCAAAGAUGGGGUCACACACAUGAUAUAUCCUAUUUGGAAUGAUGGCUGGGCCAUGGGUCACUGGCAAGGUUUGAGCGUUACUGAUACCAAGAAACUGGCUGUCUUGUACAAGGAUGAGUGCGCAAAAGCAAAGAAAGAAAAAAAUAGAGAUCCAUCGAAGGAUGGUAGGCUCUAG